ACCUUCACUAGCUGGAUAAAUUCACAAUUGGCAAAGCACACUCCUCCUUCCACUAUCUCAGAUCUAUAUGCAGACAUCAAAGAAGGUCGUGUGCUCUUGGACCUGCUGGAAGUACUUUCAGGUCAACAACUGCCACGGGAGAAAGGAUGUAACACCUUCCAGUGCAGAAGCAAUAUAGAAAAUGCCUUGACAUUUUUAAAAAACAAAUCAAUCAAGCUGAUAAAUAUUCAUGUUGCUGACGUUAUUGAAGGAAAACCUUCCAUUGUGCUUGGCCUAAUUUGGACAAUUAUAUUACAUUUUCAUAUUGAAGAACUUGCACAGACCCUUGGUAUUAGUUAUUAUCAGCCCUCUUUUGAUUGUUCAAGUAUUGUCGACUUAUCUCCAGCUGUAAGCCCACAGGCAAAAAAAAGAGGUAGAGUUAAAAAACGGUGGAAGAUAUCUGCAAAGAAGGCCCUCCUGUUGUGGGUAAAAGAGCAAUGUUCAAUGCAUGGAUCUAUCAAUGUGACAGAUUUCAAAUCAAGCUGGAGAAAUGGACUGGCUUUUUUAGCUAUCAUCCAUGCCUUAAGACCAGAUUUAGUUGACAUGGACAGAGCAAAGGGUAGAGCCAACAAAGAAAAUUUGAAGGAGGCUUUUAAAAUUGCAGAACAUGAAUUAAAUAUUCCAAGACUUCUUGAACCUGAAGAUGUCGAUGUUAUCAAUCCGGAUGAAAAAUCUAUCAUGACUUAUGUGGCUCAGUUUCUGCAAUAUUCCAGAAGUUUACCCGUGGCUGAGGAAGACAUGCAGGGGAAAGUAAAAGAGGCUUUGAGCUGGCUAAGUCUAACAGAGAAAAAGUUAUCAAAGUUGUCAGUCGAUACAGAAAAUGAAACAUAUUACAGAAAGUUUCAAGAAAUGCGAUCAUUUAUAGCAUCGUUCAAUGAAGAGAAGAGACCCUUUCUGCCAGUGUUGUCUUCAAACAGAAGUGUGCCGGAGCUAAAUGAAGAUCGGAAACGGAUGAGAGUGGCAUGGGAUAACCUAACCUCCCAGAUUAAUGAAUGGAAAACAAAGAUGGACCAAGCACUGCCUCCUCCUCUAGACAGCAUUGAAGUUUGGCUCCAAGAGGUAGAACAUCUGCUGGCAGAAGAUUUAGCUGAUUCGCAGGACCACUGUAAAGCAAUGGCCCUCUUCAAAGAAAAAAUUAGAUUAUUUAAGGGCUUGAUGGAUAAUUUUGACUGUCACUUGAUCACCCUUCAAUCAUUCGAGAAUAAAGAUGAGAAGGAUAUGCCACUGGUACCACUUGAGAAGCUAGAUGACAUGAAAAGAAGAUUCAGCAAUAUCCAGUCUACAAACUUCAGCAUACUUCUAGAAUACCACUACUGUCUGUGCGCGGCUAUCUUGGAUGAAGUGACAUUAAAGUUAAAUAUCCGGGACAUCAGAUAUGGAACUAAAGAAUCGGUGGAGCUAUUGUUGAGAGACUGGCAUGGUUUUAUUGAAGAAAGGGGAUUCACAACUCAACUAGAAACUGCUUUUCAAAUAUGUGAAGACAUGAGAAACAAAAACAUAAGCAUGAAUAUUUUAGCUGGUGAUCCUCAAGAUAUUAAUAAACUGUUUAAGAUGGUAGAUGCUAAGAUUUCUAUGUGCAGAGAAUAUAUUUACAAUGUAAACCUGGUCCUACAAAAAAUUCUGUCGUCUUGGGACACUUAUAUAGAGAACAUUCAUUUACUGAAGGCCUGGUUGGAUGAAACAAGAAAAGAACAUCCUAAAAAGGUCCCCACUGAGAUUCUGGCGAAGUGGAACUCGGUGCAUGGUUCCUUAAAUGAAGCUGGAAACUUUUUAAUUGAAGUCAGCAAUGAGCAAGUGAGAUCAGAUAUUUCUAAAGAACUGAAAAAACUGAACGCAAGAUGGGCUAAAUUUAUAAAGAGAACAAAGUUUGAGAUGAGAUUACUGAGAAUGCAAGAAGAGCAAAAGAAGUCAGAUCUGGACAAUAAUGGAAAUUCUCAGUCUCCUGCAGAGGCAGUGGCAGAUACACUCAAUAUUACAGGUGAUAUUUCAACAGAGGCUACUAAGAGAAACAUUCAGAAGGCAGAGCUUCGAGAAAAGAAUGCGGAUGUAAUUGAACAAACCACUGAGCUUCUGCCCAGAGUGGAGAUAAUUGAAGAGCUUCUCAAAGGGAUGGAAAACUGGGCCACAGAAACUGAAUGCUUUCUUGAGACGAUCCAACAUGAAGGCUGUGUGGGAAGCUCCAGAGAAGAAUCUUUGCAGAUCCUAGCUGCCAGAAGAGCCAUGUGCCAAGAACAAGUUGCUGCAGCAGAAGAAAUCUUGCAAGUUUUGACACGUAAUAUUUCAAGUCAGGUGUCCCUCCUGGAUUGUCAGACAGCUGGGCUACAGACACGAAUUAAAGACGCCAAAGAUAGACUUCAGGCUGCCAUGAUUAACCUAGACCUUGUCUCACCCAAAUCGGCUAAUUUUGAAGAAUCUCAGAAGGAGCUUGAAACAUCUAUUUUAAAAGCUGUACAACUCGUUAGCCAUAAAGUGAGCAGGGAUCAGCACAUUUUGAAAAAUGAGGAAGCUUUUAGCAUUUUAGACACGAGAAUCCUUGAAAACUUUUUGAAAGCAGCUGAACAAUUGAAAAAUAUUUCACCAGCUCAUGAAAAGGUAGCUGUGGAGGCAAGAUGCAGAGAUGUUCGUGAAAGAUGGGAGGCAGUUCAUCGUGAAAUCAUAUCAUGUAUUCAGUUCAUAAUGGAAAUGGAAAUAGGGAAAUUUAAUGCAUCUUUUUCAAAACUCAAUAAACAACUAAGUAAAGAGAAGAAACUUCUCAGUAUCGGUAAAACCAAGCGACUUAUAAAAGAACAUGAGGCUUUUUUCUCUCCUGAAGGCUGCCUGGGGGAAUUGAACAACAGCUUACAAGUUCUUAAAGCGAUGUGCAAAAAACUGACUGCUAAAGAAACUCACCCAGAAACAAAGAAACUCAUUGCAGAGUGUGAACAAAAGCAAGAACAGCUUCAGAAAUGUGCUGCUGAUGCUUACAGAACUCUGCUGUCCCAUGUUGGAGAUGGUCAGGCAUCUGAACAAGGGGGCUCUUUAUAUGCUCCUGACAAUGGAGAAAAGCACAUUUCAUCCCAAUCAGUUGAUAUACUUUCAACUCAGGAGGCAUCAGGUCCAGUUUCAGAUGUUAUUUUUGAAUCAGACCUGAAACAACGGAAUGGUGAAAGCUGUGCAAAGAAGUUUGAGAGAGACAGUGAUUUGCCCUUAAAGAAUUUAUUAGAAAGCUUUGAUACACAGAGGAGUAAUCUGGAACUUCAUUUACAAAAAGCCAGAGAUAAAGUGGAUUCUGCUUUCACUGAUGAAAUAAGAGACACCUCAUGCCUUCAGAAUAAGCUGCUAGAUCUACAGGUCAUAGAGAGGAAAGCUAAUUCUUGUUGGACACAGAUUGAAAUUAUUACAUCUAAGUUAGAAAAUCUUAUGGAUAACACAAGGAAGCCUAGUAUUUCUGAAACACGAAACAGACUUAACAGAGAGUGGAGUGAACUUCAGAUUAUUCUAAAUGCCAGAAUGAAAUCUUUAAAGACUGCUUUGGAAGUAGUUUUGCCAAUAGAAAAGGAAUUCAUUCUUCUAUGCAACUCAGAUGGACAACUCCACAAAAUAGACAUUCAGCAGUUUACUCUGACAAAUACUGAUUUUGUUUAUAGAGAACUGAAGAAAGUCCAGAGCUGUAUAAUCAAUCAGAUUGAAUUGUGUAAACAGCUGGAAAACCCAGACAGCUCAUCAGGAGAUGAAUUUAACCCAAUAGAUUUGCAAGCAGCACAUGAGAUUAUCCUUACAUAUAAAAAACAGCUUGAAGAAAUGAAUCAUAAAAUGCGGAUCCGGAAAACAGCCCUCAAAGAACUGGAAGCUUUUUUGGCUUCAUUGCAAAGAGUUACAUUUUCUAUUGAGCAUGCAACAGACUCUUCAAUUUCUGACAAGCCAGUGGUGCAAGGAAGUGCAUCAAAAGAAGCUAUACAGCAAGAAGUUUCUUUAAUGAAAGAAGAGGCUAAACGUUUGGAUGAGCACUUGCAGAUGGUUGAUAUCUAUUUGGAAAAUGGUGAAUGUGGGGGAAAGACUUGCUGUGAAGAACUCAUUGUGGCCUUAUCUGGAAAGGCAAACAAGGCUUUUGCCCGUCUAAGUAAGAAGGAGCUCAUCCAAGAAAAUGAGUCACAGGAGACUUUUUCCACAAGAAAUAAUGAGCUCUUAAAAAAUAUUCAAGACCUACAUGAUAAGAUGAAUAAAAUAGGUUUGAAGGAUCCAUCGAUUCCAGCAGUUCAACAAAGGAUAAAAUCAUUAACACAAUUGGAACAGGAAUUGGGUUGCUUUGCUAUUGAAAUGAAAUCCAUACGAGAAAUUGCUAACAAGCUUCUACAGAAUGACGAGACAAAAGGAGAAGAAGCAGAUGAACAGUGCACAGUCACAGAACGGUUAUGGGAGGAUACAAAACUAUCACUUGCUGAAUGCCAAGAGCAGUGCGAGAGGGCAUUGGAGCUCCUGAAACAAUAUCAAAGCUGCAAAAAUAGUCUGAUAAUCAUGAUCCAGAAACAAGAGUGUGUCCUUUCACAGCAAACUUCUUAUAUGGGGAAAGACAAUCUGCAGAGAAUGAUAGCAAAGAUUGAAGUGGUUAAAGAAGAAUUUAAUGAUCACUCUGAAGAUGUAGAAAAAAUAAAUCAGAUCUGCAAAAACCUUCACUUCCAGCUCAAUAAAAUGAGAAGCUUUGAGGAGUCUCCCUUUCAGAAUGAGGCUGACAUUAUUGUGGACAGAUGGCUCGAUAUCAAUGAAAAAACUGAAAACUAUUGUGAUAAUUUGGGAAGAGCUCUGGCUUUGUGGGACAAACUUAUUAAUUUAUUCAGCAAGACUGACAGCUGGGCAAAUACACAGCUUAGAAGCAUAGAAGAACAUCAGCUGACUGAAGAGGAGGUGACAGAAUUGAAGACUUCUUUACAGGUCCAAGAGCAAAACUUAGAGGAAUUUGACCGAAAAGUGGCUGAGAUACAGCAUCUUCUUCAUAAUAAUGAGCCUCCAUUGGAGUUCCAGGUCAUCAAGUCAUCGGUUGAGAACAAAAUGGAGCUAAUAAGAAAGCACUUACUGAAUAAGACGAGACCCAGUGAACUUAACAGCAAUUCAACAGAGCUAAAAGGGGACCUUGACCUGGCCAAGACACAGAUUGGGAUGACAGAAUCACUUUUAAAAGCUUUAUUUCCUUCUGACACUUUAGAGAUCUUUACAAAAUUAGAGGAGCUCCAUCAGAAAAUUCUCCAACAAAAACACCAUGUGAAAUUACUCCAAAAAAAGACAGGUUGUCUGAAUCCAGAAGUGGCUGAAUUAAAGCAGCAGCUUCAGUGUAUCACUGAUUUGUUUAAUACAAAAAAACAAAUUUUCCAGGAUCAUUUUACCAGUCGUUUGAACUAUCAGUGUGAGGAUUUUAAUGACUGGUUCAGCGGCGCUCAGCUAUCUUUAAAGGAUUGUUUUGACCCUUCAGAAACAAAACAGAUAUUGGAAGGAAAAUUGCAGAAGCUGGUGAGUUUCCUAACCUUUGAAGGCAAAGAGAGUGACAUCCAAGAGGUAAAAUCUCUCUUGCAUAAAGUGGAGAGUUAUUUGCCUGAAGCUAGUGUUAAUCAACUUAAUUGCUGGGUGAGAGAUCAAGAAGCAGAGUUACAAAGAGUAACCUCCAAAUGUCAAAAACAAGAAAAGAAACUUUGUGCUUCUUUGCAACAACUCAUUAGACUUCAGGAAGACAACAGUGGCUUGAAGGAAUGGCUCACUAUUCAGGAAGAAACAUGGCUGGAGACUAAAAACGAGAAGAUUAAAUUAGAAAGUCUUUACCAAAUGCUAAUAAAGCAGAGAGAAGCAUUCGACUCCCUAUCUCAGCUGGCAAAUUCUUUGAGGGAG